AUGGCGGACAACUAUCUACAUAAAUCAACCGAUGAAAUCAAAUAUUUUAGCAUGAAAAUGUUUCGACCGAAUAUGGAUUCGAUACCAUCUUAUUCAUUACCAUCUGGAUAUUCAUUUCAACCAUAUAAAAAAGAUUCAAAUGAUGAUGAAAAGUGGAUCGACAUAUGCAAAGCGGCUGGAGAAUUCAAAACAAAAGAACAAGGUAUGGAAAUGUUUGAGAAAUAUUUUGGAGAAUAUAAGAAGAAUGAUUUAAUUUCGAAACGUCUGUAUUUUCUUGUUAAUCCUGAAGGAAAAUAUAUUGGUACAGCUACAGCUGGUAUAGAUCAAAUUAAUGGGAAAGAAGAAGGUAGUCUUUGGUGGGUAUCUAUUAUUCCAGAGUAUCAAGGAAAAAAAUUGGCAAAACCAUUAGUAUCGUAUGUUUUACAUAAGAUUGCUGAAUAUUCAAACGUAUGUUAUCUUGAUUCACAAACAACAAGUUGGAGAGCAAUCAAUAUGUAUGCUGAUUUUAACUUUGUUCCAUCGAGAUUGAAGCCUGAUAAUUUUGAAGAUGCCUGGCAAUUAUUGAGUAAAUUAUGUAAUCGAAAUUUUCUAAACGAUAUCGAUCAAACUGAUUGA